AUGUCGGAACUGGUAUCACAAAUGAAAAACCCGCCGGACAUUUCCCGGCCACGCUGGGACCAGUCGACAUUCGAGGGACGUGCUCGACAUUUUUUUGUUGUUACCAAUCCACUCAAUUUGUUCAUCUCUAGGAAACGAUUGGAAGCGGCUAAAAAGAUUGUCCUCGAUUACCAGGAAAAGCGAAAAGUGCCCGCAGAUCUGACGCUUGACGGGUUAUGGCGUGCCAAACAAAUCUUUGAUUCCGCUUACCAUCCAACAACACAUGAGCUGAUGAUUCUGCCGGGACGAAUGAGCUGUCAAGUGCCAGGCAAUAUGUUUCUCACUGGUGGCAUGCUCACUUUUUACAAGACAACGGGUGCUGUGGUAUUUUGGCAAUGGCUGAAUCAGACAUUCAAUGCAGUUGUUAAUUAUACGAAUCGUUCGGGUGAUAGCGUGUCCAACAAGCUGCUGUUUACGUCUUAUUGCUGUGCCACUGGUGGCGCAGUUGCUGCUGCGUUAGGACUCAAUUCGCUUGUUAAGACCGCGCCACCUUUAAUAGGACGUAUGGUACCAUUUUGUGCCGUUGCCGCUGCAAACGCAAUUAACAUUCCUCUGAUGCGAUCCAAGGAACUGGUAGAUGGCAUAGUGGUGGAAGAUGAAAAUGGGAACGAAGUUGGCAGGAGCAAGAAAGCAGCACAAGCGCGAACUUGGGUAUCCGCCCCACUGCAAGCAACCAUUGCUGGAUUUGUGCUAACAUUUGCGACACCACUUUGCUGCGCCAUUUUUCCACAAAAAAGUUCAAUCGAAGUGAAACGUUUGGAGCCAGAGGUACAAAACGAAUUGAGAAAACUUCAGAAUCCUCCUGAACGUGUUUAUUAUAACAAAGGAUUAUAA